UCCUCUCUCUCUCUCUCUCUCUCUCUAAUCCGCACCUAUUCUCUUCUUUCUCCAACUCCUUGUAUACUCGUACGCACGCAAUAUAUAUUGCUACCGAGAGAAGCAAACCACAAGAGAAAAAAAAAGAGUGCCUUAUAUUUGUGGUAGUGCCAGAGGCUCCAAGCAAGCAAACAAGAGGAGGAAAAAACAGAAGAGGAAGAGGGAUGGGGGAGAUGGUAGGUUGGUGUUGGAAGUGGUUUUUGCCUCUGGGUGGUUUGGUUGUGUGCAUGGUCAUGGUACUCAAGGUGUUGGAUUUCCUUUGGUGGAGGCCUAAGAGGCUAGAGGAGCACUUCUCAGAGCAAGGCAUAAGGGCCCCUUACCGUUUUUUCAUUGGAUGCGUCAAAGAAAUGGUUGGUAUGAUGCUGGAGGCCUCCUCCAAGCCAAUGAUGCCUCAGAACUCCCACAACAUCCUCCCUCGGGUCCUCUCCUUCUACCACCAUUGGAAGAAGAUCUACGGUUCCACAUUCCUGCUAUGGUUCGGGCCCACCGCCCGCCUCACCGUUGCCGACCCUGACCUCAUCCGCGAGAUCUUCGUGUCCCGGGCCGACUUCUUCGAGCGCUACGAGUCCCACCCUCUGGUCCGGCAGCUCGAAGGCGAGGGCUUGGUCAGCCUCAGAGGGGAGAAAUGGGCUCACCACAGGAAGGUCCUCACCCCCACCUUCCACAUGGACAAUCUCAAGCUGUUGAUACCGCUGAUCGGGAAGACGGUGAUGGAGAUGGUGGAGCAGUGGUCGACGUCCAACAUGUCGUCCUCCGGCGAGGUCGAGAUCGACGUCUCCGAGUGUUUCCAGACCGUGACGGAGGAUGCCAUCACGCGGACCGCAUUUGGGAGGAGCUACGAUGACGGCAAGGCCGUGUUCCAAUUACAGACGCAACAAAUGGUCGUUGCGGCCGAGGCCUUCCGCAACGUCUUCAUUCCCGGCUACAGAUUUCUGCCGACGAAGAAGAACACGAGCUCGUGGAAAUUAGACAAAGAGAUCAAGAAAAAUCUGGUGGCGCUGAUCGGCAGGCGAAAGGAGAGCUCCGACAAGGACAAGAAGCCGGACGGGAGCACCAAGGAUCUUCUGGGGCUCAUGAUCGAUGCCAGCACCAAGAAAGCACCAUCAUCGAACUCGGACCAGCGCCGGCCGACGACGACGAGAACAACAUCCACAUCGACGAUCACGGUGCACGAUAUCGUGGAGGAGUGCAAGACAUUCUUCUUCGCGGGGAAGCAGACCACCUCCAAUCUCCUGACGUGGACCACGGUGCUCCUCGCCAUGCACCCGGAGUGGCAAGAGCGGGCGCGCCGGGAGGUCCUCCAGGUGUGUGGCUCACGUGACAUUCCCACCCGCGACCACCUCGCCAAGCUCAAGACGCUGGGUAUGAUCCUUAACGAGACGCUACGGCUGUACCCGCCGGCGGUGGCGACGAUAAGGAGGGCGAAGGCGGACGUGGAGCUCGGGGGAUACCGGAUCCCCCGGGGCACCGAGCUGCUGAUCCCGAUCAUGGCCGUCCAUCACGACGCCCGGUUGUGGGGGGCGGACGCGGCCCAGUUCAAUCCGGGCCGGUUCGCGGAGGGGCCGGCCCGGGCAGCCCGGCAUCCGACGGCCUUCAUCCCCUUCGGGCUGGGGGCCCGCAUGUGCAUCGGCCAGAACCUUGCCCUCCUGGAGACCAAGCUGACUGUGGCCAUCAUCCUGCAGCGCUUCGCCUUCCGGCUCUCCCCAUCCUACGUCCACGCACCCACCGUCCUCAUGCUCCUCUACCCCCAGUACGGUGCACCCAUCCUUUUCCGAUCCCUCUCCUCAGCGUCACCAUCACCGCCGUCCGAUCCCCAUUAUCCUUACUUGUAACAGCAUCAACGAUCCGUCCGUGUUUCCUUUUGGUUUUCUUUUUCUUUUGCUGCAAGCAGCGGAAGCACCACAGCUCGCGGCGACCAUGUAUCAUGAUGACCGGGAGAAGAAGAACCACCCAUCAUCAUAGGUUUUUUUUUUUUUUUUUUCGCCCCCCUCUUUCUUUUACCCAGAUGACUAAAAUACAACACC